UAUAAAUUAUCAGAGAAUAUUUUUGUAUACACCUGUAAGAAUCCAUAAAAAAAAAAUUGUUCAUAUGAAGUUUCAACGAAAUCCCAUGCCACGUCUGUUUGGCGACUUGUUGUGUCUCCUAGUUAUACUCGUACUGUGGCCCGCAGUGUUUAUAUACGAUUUCAUCGUGGUACUGCCGCCAAUAAUUGAGCGGGACAAUAUUUUACACAUAUCUGCGGUCGGUUUGUACAUAUUUUCAUUUGUCAACAUGAUCGCAAAUCUAAUGGCAUGCGCCUUGGUUGACACAACCGUUGACCGCGAAGUUAAAGUACCCCUUGAUGAGGCGGCCGAGUGGAAGUAUUGCCAAGUCUGCGAUUGUUCAACACCGCCCAGGUCGUGGCACUGUAAAUUUUGUGCUGUUUGCAUACGAAAACGCGAUCAUCACUGUGGAUUCACGGGCUGUUGCAUUGGCCAUCAGAAUCAUCGGUUUUUCAUAUUCUUCCUAUGGUAUCUUUUCGUCCUGUCGCUGGUCGGCCUGGUCCUCAAAGCAUGCUAUAUGUGGUCGAGCAACGCUUUUAUGCAGUGCUGGAAGGCGUCAUUCGAGCUGACACCCAUCAUCUUAAUCUCUGGUUGCGGGGCGUGGACUCAUCUUCAGUUCGUGAUCUUUGUGCUUAACGCUUUCUCAUUAAUAUGCGGAUUCCUUGGCUUGGCGUGUCAAGUGCCCAUGCUAUUGCGCGGCGAGACGUGUGCCGAAAAGGGCAAGGAAACCAAAUAUAAUUGCGGUGUCUCCUAUAAUCUGAAAAGUGUUUUCGGCGAACGGAUGCAUGUCGCUUGGAUAUUUCCAUGGAUCGAUAGCCAACUGCCUGAUGACGGUUACACAACCAACCAAGAAUUUAACGCUAAGAUUUAAGUGAAAAUAGAGAAGACUGCACGAAAUUAUCCCUCCCAAAAAGAUCAUAAAUAUUAACUAAAGAAUAUAUGUUAGCUAAUUUUAUCCGCCUUUGCCCGGGCGAAUCUCUUUCUUUGCCCGUGGGGAAAUAAAAAUUUACGUGUUUUGCUCAAA